UUUUAACAAAGAGAACAGAGCAAAAUAGAUUCACAUUGAAAUCUUUUUGAUAGGGGUAAAGUAAAUCUCAAUUUUUAUUCUCUACUCAUUUCAGUAAGUUAUUAUAUGGGAAACAUGCCUAGUAGAAUCAUAUACAUUCAACUGAAAUAGUUUCUGUAGAAAACAAUAGGCUGAUGGUGAAAUAAAACACCACUCUCUUUUCUCUCAUCAGGUUGAUCGUUAAAUAAAACAAAAAUCUACCCAGUAAAGGGCUUUCGUGAAGAAAUUAAAGAGAGAAAUUACAAUAGAGAAACUAGGCAUUUGUAUACUGGAGAAACCUCCUUAACAACUAUAUGGAGUAAGAUGAAAAGAGUGGAUACACCUGGAAGAAAUUUUACUUAGUAUGAUGUUUUUGCCCACCUUUUUGUCAUAAAAGGCUGCUAAGGAAGAAGGAAUACAGUUUUCUGGAGAAAGAGAGUGUAAUGUAAAAAUGGAGACCACAGUUUCUGAAAUUCAAGUAGAAAGCAAGGAUGAGAAGAGACCAGCAGAAGUUAGUCCUCAGGAUAAGAGGCAGGAAGAAGAGGCAUCGAUGCUUUGCUUCAAGAGAAGAAAGAAACCAGCCAAAGCGGUGAAGCCCAGAGUCGGCUCUGACGCUGCUGGUGUGGCAAGGAAGUGUCCCCUAGAAGCAGGCGCUUCUGAUCAGCCACAACCCCAAGUGGGGGCCUGGGCCUCAAUCAAACGUCUUGUAACACGCAGGAAAAGGUCAGAUUCUUCAAAGCAGCAGAAGCUCUUUGAGGCUAAAGUGCAACCUGAAAUCAAUGCUGAAGAUGCUGAUCCUUCUAAGAAAAAGGCAAAAUCCAGACUUAAGAUUCCCUGCAUAAAAUUCUCCAAAGGGGAGAAAAGAAGUAAUCAUUCCAAAAUUAUUGAAGACUCAGACUGCAGCAUCAGAGUCCAGGGAGAAGCUGAAAGUUUGGAUACAAAAACUCUGACCCAAUCAGAUGAUCAGGCCACAAAGACCAAGGUCACCCAGGAUGUAAGUGAAGAUGUCUCUCAGAAAGGGAUUGAUGAGGUCUGUGAAUUCAAUGUGAGCAACAGCAUAAUUUCUCCUGGAGAGACAGUGAUUUCAGUAGAAGUUGGGUUAGAUAUGGGGCCUUCUGCUAUUCAAACAGGAACUCUAAUUCUUGAAAAAGAUAUUGAGAUGACUGAGGAAAAGCAAAGUGUUCAACCCCAGCAGGCAAGCCCACUUGAAAUUUCAGAAACAGAACAUCCGCUACCAGUGGUUUCUGAUGUUUCGCCCUCACCUGCAAUCCCAGAUCAACAAAUUGUGGAAGAAGCCAGAAACAGUAUCCUAGAAAGUGGACCAGAUUGGAAAGACUAUGAAAGUAGAGAGAUUGUAGCUGAAGAGAGUAAGCCAAAAGACACUGAAUUGAGCCAGGAAUCAGGCUUUAAAGAAAAUGAGAUCAAUGCAGAGAAACCCAAACCAGAAGAAAGCAAAAGAAUGGAGCCAAUUGCUAUUAUUAUUACAGACACUGAAAUCAGUGAAUUUGAUGUUAAGAAAUCUAAAAAUGUCCCUAAGCAAUUCUUAAUGUCAAUGGAAAAUGAGCAAGUAGGAGUUUUUGCUAAUGACAGUGGUUUUGAAGGUAGAACUUCAGAACAAUAUGAAACACUUUUAAUAGAAACAGCCUCUUCUCUUGUCAAGAAUGCUAUCCAGUUGUCUAUAGAACAGCUCGUCAAUGAAAUGGCCUCUGAUGACAAGAAAAUAAACAACCUUCUACAGUGA